GGCGGAUUCGCCGACGUAUAUCGGGGGACCUUCAAUGGCAAAUUUGUGGCUUUGAAGUGCAUGCGACUGCACGUGUUCUGCAGGGAGGCCGUCGUCUGGAAACGACUGAAUCACCCACAUAUUGUCCCCUUCAUCGGCAUCGAUCCAUCCAACCAAGCGUGUAUCGUGUCGGAAUGGAUGGAACAUGGCGACGUCAUGUCGUACAUUGAGAGUCACCCGCGUGCGAAUCGCGUUCAACUCAUCACGGACAUUGCUCGUGGCUUGGAGUACAUGCAUGCCAGCGGCGUCGUCCACGGGGAUCUCAAAAGCCGCAAUGUCCUUGUUGACAGCCUUGGGUAUGCGCGUCUCAGUGACUUUGGUCUCGCCACGACCGUACUUGGUACCACCUCCUUGGCACCGACUGCCGGGCCAUCAGCAAAUUGGGGCUCGUUUCAUUACAUGCCCCCUGAGUUGUUCGAUCCGAUGGUGCAGGAUAAGAGGUUAACGUGGAAGUCUGACGUGUAUGCAUUUGGGAUGACCGCAUGGGAGGUGAGCGCAAGUUCGACGUCGCUGAACCACGUAAACCGAUCCGACUUGCAGAUCUUUGAUGGGAGGCACCCUUUUUUCCACGUUGCAAACAUGUUCUUGGUCAUUCGUGAGGUUCUUGACGGUGUACGACCAACACGUCCUCUGCAUGCAGGCCUGGACGAUUUCAUAUGGAGUAAUGCCAUCAGCUCGUGCUGGGUAGCAAAUCCGUCUGAGCGACCUCGGAUCUCGGAAGUACUAAAUCGGCUUCAAUGGUAUGAAACCGCUCGACGGUUGAUUGCGAAGCUGCUGGAUGAAGGCCUUGCGGAGGUGGAUCGACAAGGUCUCGACGAGAUGCUCUCUACAGGUUGGCCGCGUCAUCAUGUUCCCACAAGCUCUGUACUGAACUCGCACAGAGACGGGCAGGAAUGCUAUUUUCAAUAUCGCUGA